UGUGUGUGUGUGUGUAAGAACAGGAUUAUUACGGAGCUCAAUCCCCUCAUCUGACUCAGCUUUGAGAGUGUUUGGUGAAAGUGUUUCUGUGGGCUGAACACACACACACACACACACACACACUUCAACAACACGAGAUGUUGGAGCGCAACACUACAGCAUGAAAGCAACACAAGAGUGUGUUUCUAAGGGGAAUCACACGCUCCUGAAGCUGUUCACACACACACACACUGGCUGGACUGAAGAACAGCUUCUUGAUGUAUUAUUGUCAUGUACAUGCAUCUGUUUGACGGAUCCGUUAACGUUUCCUUCCUCGUGGUGAGCAGAUGGACUGAAUUCAUAACCUGCCUCAUGGUUUCCGUCAGCUGAACAUUUGCUGAGGCUUUCUCCAAACGCAGAGACGAUGGACGGCGAGGAUUCAGCCGAGAGUCAAAGUGCAUAUGAGAAUGUUUUCUGCAAUCCAGCUUUUGAACCCGAUGAAGACAAUGAGGAAAACACAAGAAGCGCUCAAAUCCACAUAUACUUCGAGCCCGCUAAAGAGCCAGCUGCAGUAAAUGUGCUGACAGUACGAGCGUGUUUGGCUGAUCACAGAGCAGUGUUGGUGUCGGCCGCUGUGCUGUUCGUCUCCACCGUCCUGUGCAUCACCCUCAUCUUUCUUCUCAAACAAGUUGAGACGACUAAAGAAGAGGUUUCACCUUCAGACACUUGGUUUGGAAACAGAGUUUCUGAAAAUCUCUCUUUGAGUCCGACUGCCCUCCAGCCUACAUAUAGCCCCACAGUCUCUGUGUCUGGGACAGAGCCUACAUUCACAAAAUGUGGGGGCAUGUUGAGCGGUGCAGGAGGGACUCUGAGCUCUCCCAAUCACCCAGGUGUGUAUCCUCCUGACUCUCACUGUGUGUGGGUGAUCCGGGUGUCUCCUCCGUCCCUCGUGCAGAUCCAGGUCUCGUCUCUGGCUAUCGAGGGACCUUCGCCCUGCCUGUUUGAUUGGCUGGAGGUCAGAGAGGAGACAGAGAAGACAUCUGCUGCCACCAGAUUUUGUGGAAACGUUGCACCACCUACACUGAACACAAACAGCAGUACUGUGCUGGUUUCAUUUCACUCGGAUGGAAGCAUUGGUGGCACUGGGUUUAUUGCACAGUACCAUUCUAUAUUACCAGGACAGAGAAGUUGUUCCAGGGAAGAGUUUAUGUGUGACAGUGGUCAUUGCUUACUGCCAGUUUUCAUCUGUGAUGGUCAACCAAACUGCCAGGACCAUUCAGAUGAGCUCAACUGCAGCCACAAGCACAGAGUGUGUGGAGGACAAAUAACAGGAGAAUACGGAUCACUGUCCAGUCCAAACCACCCGAAGCCUUACCCACAUCAACAGAUGUGUACGUGGCAAAUAUCAGUGGAGGACGGACAAGUUAUUCGACUAAGUUUCCAGAAUUUCAGUCUGGAAGCGCAGGAUGUCUGCAAGUUUGACUAUGUGGAGGUUUAUGACGGUGCUGAGACAGCUCUGGGGAGGUACUGUGGGUCAGCGCUGCCUCCUGAUCUGACCUCCUCUGGACCUGUGCUGACUGUUGUGUUUGUGGCAGAUGAAGGUGUUGCCGACAGUGGCUUUUAUGCAUCGUUUCAGGCCAUAUCUCUUUCAGAGAGAACGUGCAGUCCAGCACAGUUUGCCUGUCCCACUGGCGAGUGUCUCCAUCAGGACUGGUUGUGUGAUGGAUGGAGUGACUGUGCCGAUGGUGCAGAUGAGCACCACUGCAUGAACUCCACCUACCCUCCAUUCACUUCAUCUUGUGAGCUGAUCCAGGUUGAAAUGUGCAGAGAUCUGAGCUACAAUCUGACAUCUUUUCCGAACAUCUGGCUGUCUCUGUCGGAUCAGAGAGAGGCGGCCUCUAUUCUGCACAAGUACAGGGUGCUGGUGGAUCUGCCGUGUUUCGAGUCCUUUCGGCAGCUGGUCUGUGGGAUGUUUCUGCCCCGCUGUAGUCCUCAGAGCGGCGUCCUGCAGUUGUGUCAGUCUGUCUGCUCCACCGCCGAGCUGCAGUGCAGUCCCGCUCUCAGCCUGUUCAGCUUAAACUGGCCCUUCAACUGCCUCCUCCUGCCUGAUUCACACGACCCCAUGGAGUGCUCCCUUCCGUAGGACCAGUGAUGGAUGGAUGCACCACAACCUCAGAGUCAAGCUGGAAAAUGACGACACUCACUCACACAGCACUGAAAAGCCAAGUGGAAGGAGUGUCCAUUUGUUGGGAAAAAGGACAUGCAAUAUAUACAUGUUGCCAAAGGUUUUGAGACUGUUACCUUUACAUGCAUAUGAACCUCCCUAUCUUAAUAGGAGGGAUUAAAUAUGCCAUUCCAUAACAGCUUAAACUCUUCUGGAAAGGCUUUCCACACUAGGUUCAGGUGUGUGGUUUUGGAUGAUGUUGGAUGAGGAGACCUGUCUCAAAGUCUCCACUCUAAAUCAUGCCAAAGGUAUGGGAUUAAGGCCAGUUCUCUUCCUCCACACCAAACUCCUAAUCACCUGUGGAUUCACCAGUACCACAUGUCUUUAGACUGUGGGGGAAAACGGGGCACCCGGAGGAAACCCACAUGAACAGGGGGAUAACAUGCAAACUUCACACAGAAACACCAACUGACCCAGGAGAGGCUCGAACCAGCGACCUUCUUGCUGUGAGGCAAACUGCGCCACCGCAUCGCCUCUCUUUCUCUAUAUUUAGUAUAACCUGCAUUUAUGGUACUUUCAAAAUGGUGCUAUCUAUGUGUACAAUACAUUUUCAAUCAAAUGAUCUGAUCAUUGCAGCGAUUAAGAACAGAACUGUAUUGUGUAUUGUUUUAGCCCACGUAGGGUUGGCAUCACCUCUUUAAAAGUCUUGGAUCUGAUCAACUGAAGCUGCGCAAUCUCUAGAGGCCAUCCCGAGGUUGACACAGAAAGCAAAAGAAAGAUAAUAAGGUUUUCAUGACAUUUUAAAUGAGAUGUUAUGAGAUGUUCAUGUGUGAUGCAUUUAACUGCAUCCUACAGUUCUGUGAUGCAUUGUGUAAAUGCUUUACUAAACAGAUAGGUCUUUAAUCUAGUGUUGAACUAAGAGAGUGUUUCUGAGCCUUGGACAUUAUCAGGAAGGCUAUUGCAGAAAUUAGGAGCCAUACAUGAAAACACUCGACCUCCUUUAGUGGACUUUACUAUUCUGGGUAUCAGAAGCCCUGAGCUUAGAGUUCUUCUCAGGAGUUCCUUUUACUCUGCUCCUUUUAACUCUACACCUGGCACAAAGCAGUCAGGCAAGUACAGUUGUCCAUGUUAACUUGUAUUUUGGGAUUAUUAUACCCUUUCUGCACUCAGAUUAUCAUGGCUGCCCGCUUCAUAGUUACUCUGUCCAUCUCUGUUUGGACAAAUCUCCAUUGGAUAGAGUGAUACAGAAAUAAGUCACUUGACUUGACUAAUGGGGUGGAUUCACUUAGUGUCUCAUUUAUAAAGUUCAUUUGAAUGCAUUUAAAUGACAUGUAUUAUUAUAUUUACUUGAGCGAUCACAACAUUAGAAAUGAAACGUGUGAAGAAAUAUUGA